AGGCACCAUCACAGUUAUCAUUAUCGUACGCAGCGUUGACAUCCGCGUCGUAGUCUCCUCGAGAUGGCCGAAGCGACGGAAUCGACGAAUCUAACGGAGGAGGCGCCCAAACCGGCUACCGGGUCGACUGAGGUGCCUCCGACUGAGAUACCUUCGACCGAGAUGCCUCCGCCUGACAUGCCUCCGACUGAGAUGUCUCCGACUCAGACGCCUUCGACUGAGAUGCCCUCGACUGCGAUACCUUCGACUGAGGUGUAUUCGGCUGAGAUGCCCCAAACCGAGAUGCCCCCGACCGAAAUGCCUCCAUCCGAGAUGCCCCCAUCCGAGCAGCACAACCACCAUAACAGUGAGCCGCCAGUAGACACGUCGCUUCCUCAUAUUGAUACCUCACUUCCCCCGAUCGAUACAACCUUUCCGACGAUGGAGGAGCACGAACACCUCGAUCAUGAACUCCCUCCGAUCGAUACGACGAUACCGUCGCUUCCCCCAAUUGACACUUCCUUGCCACCAUUGGAUACUACGCUGCCGGCUACAGAUGGGCUACAUACUGAGGAACCGGAUUUCUCGUUCCCGGAACUGAAGCAUAGCGAUACCGAUGGGCAUGGGGUGGACCAUACGCAUGCACCGGGCACAAACGGGUUUGACUUCCCGGAACAUGAUCAUACGCCACACUCCUCAACUCCCGUUCCCUCCUACCAACCUCCGGUGAACGAGACGCAUCCGCAGCCACCCGUUCAGCACGAGCAGUCACACUUGUCACAACAUCCACACCCGCAUCAGCCGGCACCGCAACAGCCAGGGCAACCGUCACAACCACAAACCCAUUACGAGCAUCAAUAUUCUCAACACCAGCAUCAAUCGCAUCAGCAGCAUGUCCCAUCGCAACAUGGCUCGCCGUCUCAACAUCAGCCAGGACCAGGACAGUCGACACCGACGCAACCGCACCAACAACAGCAACAAUAUCAGCAGCAUCAGAGCUCGGACAUGUACCAUCAUAACCACCAGUCCAUGGGUGCGCCGUCAAUGCAGAACAUGGACCAUCAUUCAAUGCAGGGACAGCACUCGCAGAUCCCACAAGCGCCCAUCGGCUCGCCUAUGCCCUCGAACAUGCCUCCGAUGACUUCAGUGGGUCAGUACAUGACAGGAUACCCGACCAAUGUUGGGCAAAUGGGGAUGAACGCCAACGCUCAGAUGCGCUACCAGCUUCCUGGCGACCCCAAUAAGAUGCUCUCGGGCGGAAGACACAAGAAGGAGGUCAAACGGCGGACGAAAACCGGGUGUUUAACAUGUCGAAAGCGACGAAUCAAGUGUGACGAGGGUCAUCCUGUCUGCCGGAACUGCGUCAAGAGUAAACGGGAAUGCCUGGGCUACGACCCCGUUUUUAAACAACAACCCACGCCUUCUGCUAUCCAACCCGCUCCAAACCCGCAUCCUUCUCUGGUGGUCAACCCUCAGGACCCCUCUACCUCUUAUCCCCAAGCUCCCCCGGGCUACGUACCUGCAGCGUCGCAACCGUUCGCUCCUUCUGAAUCGCCCAGCACGUCUACCGAACGCUACGACAACUACGGAGCGCCCGUUGACCACUCUACCGACAUGAACAAUCAGCAGAACAUGGCUAGUAUACAACAUGCCGUUGAAGGAGGCCUGCAGCCGACGGUGAACCCGGCAGCAACCAAUACUACCGGCACACCGUCGGAGCCUACUAGUUUCAGAGUGAAACAAGUCCAGAUUAGCGACCUCCUUGCCCUGCGAGGGAUUCCUCCACCGCCGCCCCACCCCAUCACAUCACUGCCGCCCAAUCGUCUCGAGGAAAUCCAAGCCGUGUUCCUGGCGACAUAUGCUCCGGCUAUCGACAAGUUCUUCGAGACCCGGUGGUUCCAGGAUAAGGCGCUUACCCAUCUACUGGCCAAUGCACAGCUCAUGGCGGAGUACUCCGCUCUGAUUGAUGCGUUCAACGACCCCAAUCUCGGCGAUCCUAACGUAGUGGCCCGGUUAGAGAGUUUCGAGGCCUCCGUGGUCUGGAGCUCCAUGACCCUGUGCCGCCAUGUGAUGAAUGUGUCCGGGGGCGCCCAGCCGGAGUACGAUCUGCUAGCGUCGGCGAAGAGAUUGGAUGUGAUCGAGGCGAUGAUCACGGGGGAACAUCUGGACUCGAAUCCCCUCAGCCAAUUUCCCACGCGGGAGCCGGCCGCCAAUCCUCCCUCGCUGCCAGACCAACUGACACAGCGGUCGUUGGACUUCUGGAGCGCCGUCGGAUACUUCCUGACGCUACACGACAACGAAGCCAGCUCGGCCAAGGAGAUCGACGACACCUUGGCGCGCUGUCGGACGUUGUUGGACACGUACGAGAACCGUGACGUGAUCUACUCGAUCGCCAUUGCGCGUCACCUGGGACAGCGGUGGGCGGACUUUCCCCGCAGCUUCCCGCAGCCGAUCACGACCAACGAGAAGGAUGCCGGGGCCAAGCUGUACGUCGCACAGAAGUUCCUCGAACAGGAAGCCGGCGGCAAGGGUACGACACAGGUCAUCAAGCGCAUCUGCGGUAUGGUCGUUCGAUCCUGGAUUGUUUCCCGGGAGUGACCUGGUCGAUUAUUCUAACCUGCGCAUUUGCGUUCUGUAACAUGAAAAGCGCAUCGGUACGAUGGAGUAGCGGUUAACGAUGUCCUCCUAGACCUGAUCCGUUUUUCUAUCUGUUUGUCGAAGAUUCCCCCACCGACACAGACCGCAGUCCUCAUACUGCCGGCCUUGUUCGACAAGGGGGCCAAGAAGUCACAUCGGGCCCGGAGUUCGUUUGGGAUUCAGUUCUUUUGUUCUUGUUUUUGGAAGCAGAAGGAGGGGGCAGUUCACGGCGUUACGGCUGCAUUACUUGAAUAGUGUCAUAAUUGUUCGUCGAAAUUUUCCGUUGCCGCCGGACACAUUCCUCUUGCGGACAAUCGAUAUAAUGAGACCCUUGUACAUACGAGAAAAACAAAAGCAGUU